GGAAUGGCCUCUGAACGCGAUGAAUCCAACUCAACCAGAAAUCUGACCAACCAGUUCGUGCAGCCCGCGUGGCGCAUCGCGCUGUGGUCGGUGGCUUACAGCACGGUCCUGUUGGUGGCAGUUUUCGGAAACUUGAUAGUGAUUUGGAUUAUUUUGGCACACAAGCGAAUGAGAACUGUCACCAACUAUUUCCUGCUGAACUUAGCUUUCUCUGAUGUCUCCAUGGCUGCCUUCAACACCCUCAUCAACUUCAUCUACGCGGCGCACGGAGAGUGGUACUUUGGAGAGGUUUACUGCAGGUUUCACAACUUCUUCCCGGUCACUGCUGUGUUCGCCAGCAUCUACUCAAUGACCGCGAUAGCCAUCGACAGGUACAUGGCCCUAAUCCACCCUCUGAAGCCCCGUCUGUCGGCGAAGGCCACCACAGGAGUUAUCGUGUGUAUCUGGAGUCUGGCCGUGGUUCUGGCCUUCCCUCUCUGCUACUUCUCCACCACGCGGGCUCUGCCCCGCAGGACCCUCUGCUACGUGGCCUGGCCCCGCAUGGCGGACGACCCCUUCAUGUAUCAUAUCAUAGUGACAGUUCUGGUGUACGUGCUGCCCUUAGUGGUGAUGGGCAUCACUUACACCAUCGUAGGUGUGACUCUGUGGGGAGGGGAGAUCCCAGGAGACUCAUCUGAUAACUACCACAGACAGCUCAUCGCUAAAAGGAAGGUGGUAAAGAUGAUGAUCAUCGUAGUCGUGACCUUUGCCCUCUGCUGGCUGCCCUAUCACGUCUACUUCAUGGUGACGGGUCUCAACAAGCGUCUGAGCAGGUGGAAGUACAUCCAGCAGGUUUACCUGUCUGUGCUGUGGCUGGCAAUGAGCUCGACUAUGUACAACCCCAUCAUCUACUGCUGCCUCAACAGCAGGUUUCGGGCCGGCUUCAAGAGGGCUUUCUGCUGGUGUCCCUUUGUCCACGUUUCGAGCUACGAUGAGCUGGAGCUCCGAAACACAAGACUUGGACCGGGUCGCCAGAGCACCGUGUGCACCCUCUCUCGGGUGGACCCCAGCAUCCUCAGCAAAAAGAAGAGCACCUGUCUCAGACUCAACUCUGAGCCCAGUCAUAAAGACAGUUAGUUUUCUCCACUCGACACAAUGCAGCUCAACAGGUUUAAUAGGCACAUUACUUUGAGAUAGAAAAUGCUGAUUGGACUGUAUUUGGUUUACUUAUAGAGCUGAUCAUUUCAAAUGAUUUACUUAACUCAGUUGUGGUGAACGCCUCAAACUGUUUUAGCUGUGAGACAUGUCUCCCCGAUCAUUUGACCCGUUUAUCAACAGCUGCAGCAGUUUGUGUGACACACUGGAAGCAUUAAAGCACUCAGACAUAACACACAUACAUUUGGAUUAAGUGUAACCAACUCUUUCAAGGGAUAUUUCAUUUUUUCACUAUCUUUGUAAAGCGACUUUGAGCACCUGUAAAAGCGCUAACAAAAUAAAUCUAUUAUUAUUAUUAUUAUAUUAUUAUCAAGUAUAAACCCUCCUUAAAACUGCAGAAGUCGUGCAAAGGAACUGCUUAAUGCGUAUUCAGCAUAACUUCAAUGGUGCUAAUUUGCCAAAAUGUAAAAAAAUCUGCUGGUAAAAUAUCCUACUGAGUUCAAUUUCAUUCAAUAGUCACACAGUACAUCUCUUUAUUAUUUAUUUAUUUAUAUAAAAAUGUUCAAACAUAAAAAAUGUAUUCAUUUAGAUAUCUAACACAUCACAAUGAUAAUACUAUUUAUUUAAUGUUAAACGAGAUGCUUUAAUAUAACAUGGAAGUAUGUGCAUUUGGUAUAAUGCUCUACUCAUGGUAUGCGUGUAUUUAAUGCCUUCAGACAGUUACUCAGUGGAUUGAAUGAACUGUAGGGUCGGUAUUAAUGCUGCUUACAUCGUUAUAAUGCCCUGGAAUCCAUUAAAGUGACUGACUCAAAUGAUCCCGGUUGGAUUUAAAUUCACAAGUGCUUGUUGCUGUAUUUGUUGUUUGUCGUAGAAAGUGUGUGCCAUUUAAGCCAAGUUCAAAUCCACUUGUCCUGUACUGUAGUUCACUCAACUCAGUAAGAGUUACUUGUUGUAUAUAAUAAGUGUAUGUACAGUAUGUGUUCUGAUGUUCGGUGUAGACUUAAACACACAUUUGACACACACACAAAGUAAAUAUAGCCUUUACGGUACAUUUGUGUUUUGGUGUUGUUUUAGUGCUGUAAAAACAGAAAACCAGAUUAUUUAAAGUUACUUACAGUUUGAAUAGUCCGUUCAUCACUCAACACAGAUCUCUGCAGCUGCUCUUACUUUGUUCCACUUGAAAUGUUUGGUAUUAAUAUGGGUGCAGCUAUAAGGAUUACAUUCACCACAACUCUUCAUCAUCAUUUUUAUUGUUUUCAUCUUAAAAAGAAACAACCAUUACAUUUCACAUGUAAAGCCACAAAAAAAGAUGAAAAGUCUGUUCUCUGAAAAAUACAAAUGUAAUUUGGAAAAAGGCAUGCUGGGAAGUCUUCUAUAAAAACAUAUAUUCACAUUGAGUCAAUGAUAAAACAUGAGUUGAUUCCUUUG